AUCUGCCGCCUAGAAUCCAACCAGCCUCUGGACACGCAGGACAGAAUGUGAGGAUAUCCAUCAAGUGAGUUGGAACCAGUACAUCAGCUUUGUGUGCAAGAUAUAUUCGUGUAUUUUGUUUUUAGUUUCAAAAACAUUUAAAUGUACAGCAUCAUUAGUCAAAGGGUUGUCUGACUCUGAUCUACCGUUGAGCGCCUGGAUUAGCUCAUCUUCAUGUGUGUUUUUAUGUUUCUACUGUUAGAUGUUGAAUGCUAAACGUAUUUAUUUGCCCUUCCCCACCUCCUCUUUUUUUGUUUUGAUGUUUGGGAUUACAGGGCCGGCUGCAGUAAACUAAGGGAAUACACAAACAUAAGCAUGCCACGAUGUUUUAUGGCCAAGAAACUUAAAUACCCUUACCAGAGGUGGAAAGCGGCGCAGGAGGGAGAGGAUGAGUUUCAGAACACAGAAUGUGGGGAAGGGCGGCAGAGUCCAGAAACAUCGGAGUCUCACCAGAGUCCAGACAGCCCUCCGGACUCCCUCGGACGAUACACGGAUUAUCCAUCAGAAGACGAGUUUCAGUCUUUAGAGGAUGCAGAACCCCAAGAUCUGAGCUGCAAAACUCCGCUAGUUCGGAGAAUAUUUCGUCCGUAUUGUCUGAAGGACCCAGAGGAGUAUAAUUACACCCGUCCCAUCUCCAGUUCUCCUUCAAUAUUACAGUUCAGGAAUAUCGAGGAUAUCACCACUGCUCAGGCCAUCCUCGAUCUUAGUGCUCCGCAUAGAACUGGAUCCAACCCUGAGCAUACUUACCAUCUUGUUCAAACCCCUUCCAGUCCAAACCCUCCUACAUCUCCUUAUAUUAACCCUAGCACCGCCCACCUUACUAAACCUGAACCUGAGACUGAUAUUAGGGGAGAAGCGGUAGUAUUUAAACUCAACGGUGGGAAAACCACCGCUUAUACAUACGAGGCCUUUUUUGCCAGUGAUGGAAGAUCUAAAAAAGUACCAGUUGUUGCUGAGGUUGUGAAACCCAAGUAUACUUGUACGGAGUGUGGAAAAAACUACGCGACCAGUAGUAAUUUAUCACGACACAGACAAACCCAUCGAACCCUUGACUCCGGAAACGCCAAACAGUGCCCUAUAUGCAAUAAGAUGUACGUGAGUAUGCCAGCUCUUUCAAUGCACAUUCUCACACACAAUCUAAGCCACCGAUGUGAUAUGUGUGGUAAAGCAUUUUCCCGUCCUUGGCUUCUGCAAGGACACAUGAGAAGUCACACUGGAGAUAAACCCUUCGGUUGUGCACAUUGUGGCAAAAGUUUCGCGGACAGAUCCAACCUAAGAGCACACAUGCAAACCCACUCAGCUUUCAAGAAUUAUAAAUGCAAGAGAUGCAACAAAUCCUUUGCUCUCAAAUCCUAUUUAAACAAGCAUUAUGAGUCUGCUUGUUUUAAAGACCAGGCACCGCCUUCCAUAGAAACGCCACCCUCCACGCCCUCCCCCUCCGAGUUCUCGGAUUCAGGUCCCCUCUCUCCUUAUCCAGACUCGGAGCUAUCAGAUCUCACUCAUCCAAACCUAACUUCUCCUCAUCCCAACCAUGAUUUGUCUCAUCCAAACCCCGAAUCUUCUCAUUCAAGCCCACAGUCUUCUCAUGAGAACCCUGAUACUGUUUAUCCGACUCAUCCUGAGCAGGAUGAAAAUGAGCAUAUUAUUCAUGUGCCCAAACCUGUAUUUCCCUUCAACAGUCAGUUAAUAAGAGUUUAGACUCUUUUUCUCUCCGUUUACGAUUUAGAUCUUUUGCAACACUUUGGAUGCUUACUGGUGGGGGAAGGGGGGGAGGCUAUUGGAUUGUGUCCCACCUGGAAAGAUAAAAAGGUUUAACGUCUUCUCCUUGUAUACGCCACUGUUAAUCAAUAUUUAUUGUCUUGACAAGUUUAAAAGUUAGGAUCACAGAUUUAAACUAUACUUCAAAUCAGGGCUUUAAUUUUAAACCUAACUUGAUUUCUGGAAUGUAAAUAAAGCCUUCGUCAACGUUUGGUCAAAGAAAGGUCAAUGAUUUGUCAAUAAUGUUUUUCAUUAAUGAUUGGUUAUUGUCAACGACUUUGUUAUGAUUGGCAAUGUUUGGUCAAUGAUUGGUCAAUGAUUACUUAAUGCUUGCUCAGUGAUUGCUCAAGGAUUGGCCAAUUGGACAAAGCCUCUGCAUUUUUAAUUUUUUCAUUGAUCGUUAUGAAUUCUGAUCCUAAUUUUUCUUUGAAGUUUGGGAUCUGUCAAGGUUCAUAUUUGAUAGUUUUUCAGACCAUAUGUGUUGCAAGAGGUUUUUAUCACUUCUUCUUUUUUAUAAUUUUUUGAAAAUAUCGUCACUUUUAAUCUAUGCAAGGUUUUAUUGUAAAAAUCUUUACAUUACGCAAUGUGAACCAUUUAAAUAUUUCUAUUGCCAAAUUAUAUUAAUAUACUUGUCUUUAUGAAACAUUUUAUA